CCCUUAAAUAAAUCCCCACCUUAAUCUCCUCACGGUCUCCCCCCCCUCUCUCUCUCUUAAACUAUAUUUAUCCAUUUCUUUCUUUCUUUCCGACUCCGGGGGGUGAUCCAGUGGCGAGUCACUAUAACGAUGACUCGACGGUGUUCGCAUUGCAGCAACAACGGGCAUAACUCACGCACGUGUCCCACGCGCUCUUCAACCUGCUCCUCGGCUGCAGGCUCUGGCUCGUCCUCGUCUUCUGCAUCGUCAAUCGCAGGUGUGAGACUAUUCGGAGUGAGGCUUACGGAUGGAUCAAUUAUUAAAAAGAGUGCGAGUAUGGGUAAUUUGUCUGCUCACUACCAUUCGUCAGCCGCUGCUUCACCUAAUCCUGAUUCUCCGCUGUCGGAUCAUGUUCGUGAUUCGGGUCAGGAUGGUUACUUGUCUGAUGACCUGGCCCAUGCUAGCUGCUCCACCAAUCGACGUUGUGAGAGAAAGAAAGGUGUCCCAUGGACAGAAGAGGAGCAUCGGUUAUUCUUAAUUGGUCUUCAGAAAUUGGGGAAAGGAGACUGGCGUGGAAUAGCUCGAAACUAUGUGGUGUCUAGGACUCCUACCCAGGUAGCAAGCCAUGCUCAGAAAUAUUUCAUCCGCCAGACUAAUGCCACACGAAGAAAGAGACGCUCCAGCCUUUUUGACAUGGUUCCCGACAUGGCCACAGAACCCCAAUCAGUACCAGAAGAACACGAGUUGCCAUCAGGUCAGUUGGGAGAUACUGAUAAUGCAGAUGCACUACCUUCACUGAACCUUUCUUUUAAGCCAGAAUGUGAACCCAUGGAAACUGCAUCUGAAGAGCCUGCUGAAGAACCUGAGGAAAUGCUGACUGGGUCUAGUGAGUUGAAACAAACUGAACACAGAUUAAGUGAAUUCGCACCAGCUGUACCUCAGUUAAGUGAAUUCACACCAUUUAUUUCUGGAUUCUACCCAGCUUAUAUGCCGAUACCUUAUCCAUUUUGGUCUACAAAUACUGCCAUUCCUGAAGAAGCAAAUACUGUAGAGACAUCAAAUCAUCAAGUCCUAAAACCAGUUCCAAUAUUUCCGAAGGAACCUGUCAAUGUAGACGAACUGGUUGGCAUGUCUCAUCUUAGCAUAGGAGAGAUGGAGAGAGAUCAUAGAGAGCUAUCACGGCUCUCCCUGAAAUUAAUAGGAGAGCCAUCAAGGCAGUCUGCAUUUCAUGCAAAUGCUUCAGUCAGUGGGUCUGACUUGAGCCAAGGCAAAGGCAGUCCUAUACAAGCAGUUUGAAUUGGAGGCAACAAGGAAACAGUAUUUUAGUGAUUCUUUGGUUCUUCUCCUCCUCUCCUCUGUACAAUGAAAUUUUUCAUGUCAUUCUGUUUUCCUUUCUAUAGUAUCUUUAAGUUUUCUGGUCGCUUAUGACAUAGGGUGAUGAAGGAUUUGGUUUGAAAUAUUUAUUCUUUCUAAUUGUAAUCAGCUAGAACUAUAAAUAAUCGAAUGGUACGGCAACAAAUUGCCAUUUUAUUUUA